GCAUGUACUCGUGUUGAAAAAUCUAAGCACUAAAGCAGUAUGCAGUUCCUAGGAUUUGUUGUGGGAUUGAGCAUGAUCCUUGGGAAAAUAGCUACUGAGAAGGUAUCACCACGGCCAGGACUGAAAUCCUUCAGGGACGACUAUGACAGUAUAGCCAAAACAUGUGUGGCUGUUGGAUAUGUCAAAGAUCACUGCAAAAGCAACUCGGAUAGAAGAAACAUGGUUAUUGCAUUCAAUGCGAAAACCAAAGGAAGUGUCCAAACAGUAAGUAGCGGAAGUACUAUCAUGUUUGGAGAUGUUGAUUUGAAUAAAGGAGGAGGUUUCAACGCAGCAAAGGGAAUUUUCACCGCCCCCAAAUCAGGAGUGUAUGUCUUUGACUGGACAACCGUGACGCACCAAAGCAAAUACGCUUAUACCGCUUUGUAUAUAAAUAGUAAAACAAAUGUAUACAACCAUUGUCAUAAUAAUGGUCACGACAUUCACAUGUCGUGCAGUAAAAUGGCUGUCUUAAGAUUGGAAAUAGGAGACAAAGCCUCCAUUAAAUGUUUUUCAGGAACAGCAUCCGUUUACCCAAAAUAUUCUUCUUUCUCUGGAUUCAUGUUGUGAUAUUAUAUAUAUAAAUUAUA